AUGAGCAUUGAGCACGGUGCGGCGCGUCUGUCAUUCACGUUCUUUGGUUGCCCGGCGGGUGAGAGCCGUCCGUCGUGCGCGGGGAUUGGAGAGGAGAGGAAUGGCUCAGUCAAGCUAUGCAUACGUUUGUCGUGGGAGGGGGAGCAGAGCGGAGGGCAGCAGGAGCUGCAGAGCGAAGGGCAGCAGGAGCUGCAGAGCGGAGGGCAGCAGCAGCUGCAGAGCGGAGGGCAGCAGCAGCUGCAGAGCGGAGGGCAGCAGCAGCUGCCGAGCGGAGGGCAGCGGGAGCUGCAGAGCGGAGGGCAGCAGCAGCUGCAGAGCGGAGGGCAGCAAGAGCCGGUUUGGGUGUUGGAUGUGGAGAUGGCGGACGAGGCUUGCACCGAUGAGCUGGAAUCAAGCCCCAUGGAGGGGGAGAAUGCCAACCCUGAUUCCCCGGACCAAGCGGAAAGGCCCCGAGCGCGGGGCCGGGGCCGGAGGCGACGGGCAACCAAACUGCAGCAGCUGCAGAGCGGAGGGCAGUAG